AUGAGCCGUAGAAGAAAAGCAAACCCAACAAAAUUCAUCGAAGAAACCGAAAUUUUCUACCAAGAGUCUUCCUCGUCUCCAUCAUUGUCACCAACACCAAUGCAUCAAUCAAAUUUACUCAUCCCGGUCACAGAAACAGUGAGUUUUUUGUGUUGUUUUUUUUUGCCAUGUGCAUGUUUUUUUCUUGACCCAUCACACCAGCUUUCUCUAAUGCAUAAUUAGAUACAUUUUUUCUCCUAUAAUUAGACACAUCGUUUACCGCAUCUUAUGUAAUCGCACCCUUUUUUGUAUACCCGCGUGCUGUGCCUUUUUCUUUUGAGCUUCUAAUAUGAGUAAUAGGACAAAAAACAUUGAUAUAUAGGUGUAACAUUGAUAUGUUUUUUCGUUGAGAACAAACAAAUUGAUAGCAAUAUGUUUUGGUUCGCUCGAAAGUUGCGGCAAGCCAAUUAUUUUUUUGUGAUUCUUUUUUGUCGACCGCUCGAUUAUUGUCUGUUUAAAAACAUUUCAGAGGUAUGUAGAAUACAAUUUAUGAGUAAAUCAGUUUUGGUUUUUAGUCACUUUUUUCCACUGAAAACAAAGCAUUUUACCAAAUUUGUGCCAGGUAAUCUGGUGAAAUUUCUAAUCAGUAAUACAAAUUCUAUUGACUUAAAUUCUGCAAACCAUGUAAUUAUUCCAGGUUUCCUUCCAUAACUUGAAGAAUUUUUGAGCCUAGAAUUUUCUAAAUUUUUAGUUGCCAAUAACACACAUUCAUUUUGUUGUAUGAUAAUUGAUCUGUCUUGAUCUGUAUAAAAACAAUUUUUGAGAUUUGAGAUAAGUUCAAGUAAGUAAUAAUUCAAAUUUGAGUUCUGAGCUUACUAUUCUGACAAGAUGUUGGAUAACUUUGGUUGGAGCUUUCCUUUUUUGAAACAAAAACUUUGGAGGUUUUAUAUCAGAUCAAAAAAUUCGUCAAAAUUUACACAAAAAAGAUCCCCACAUAUUUUCUCACAUGAUAAGUUUCGAAAUUUGAUCAAACCCUUUGUGAAUUUUCUGCCUAACAUCCAUCAUGAGCUUUUGAAUAAAAAUGCAUAAAACCUACAGUAGGCCAUCAUUUUUCUCAGGCAGCCACAUUAUAUUCUUAUAUGUAUAUAUUUAAUAAUCCCAUUAACUCUUUUCCUACCAUCCUCGUCAUCAUUAGAGGAGACAAAGCGAUUCUCGCGCAUAUACACGCACACCUUGCUUGUCAAGAGUGUGUGCGUGUCCCGCCUAUUCAGAUGUAAGCAGCCAGUUGGAAAUGAGAUGGGCGGAGUCUGAAAGAAUAUAUACACAAAUUUAUAUUCACCGGUGUGAGGACGACUUUGCCCAUCUCUAUUUUUUGUGCUUUUUCAAAGAACACUAGCUGGUCAAAAAAACUUCUAGGUGAAAAAACAUCUGUUUAUGAAUUUCUUUGAAGAACUAAUACUUUUUUCGUAGGCCUAAUAAUUAUAAGCGAAAAAAUUUUUUUGAGAAAUUAUUCCGAUUUUCUAGCUUCAAAAUCCUUCAAGCUUUAAAAAUAUAUUACGAAAUUUGUGAGUAAAACCUAUACGGGUUAAAUCUGGAUUAUGAAAAUCUUCAUAUUUUUUGAAUAUAAUCUUGAACUUACCUGAUUCUGACUCUGAAGAUUCAAAAUUUUGAAAUUUUCUGCACGUUAUAAAAGUCAACUCCACAUGGGUAGUAAACAAUUUCAAAAACAAUUUUCAUAGAUUAUCUCAAAGUGCACAGAAUUUUCAAAAUUUUCAUAAGCCGUUGUUUAUCCACCCAAUAUCUAGUUGACAAUUAGUUGUUCUAUAUAUUCCGAGCUUUUGUCUCAAAUUCCUACACUUCUUUCUCUACUUCUUAUUCUCAAAUCUUCCUUCUUCAGAGGCUCUUUCCUUCAACAUCAUCGUCUUCUUCUUAUUAUUUUCCUCCUUCAUUAUCCUUGCUUCCCCUUAUUAUUAUUAUUAGUAUUAUUCUCCUCAUUUUUCGUGUCAUCAUUAAAAUUUUUGUUUCUUCUUCUUCUUCAUUAAUCUUCUCCACUUGUCAGCACGAUUCUUGAAAAAUCUUAUUGUGCAUAACACAAUCUCUGAAAUUUUGCAGAUGGACGACACACCAAAUCCAGCAAUCUCACCACAUUCAGCAUCAAUCAAAUCGAGUUCCUCUACAAUCUCCGAUCAUACAAGGUAUGUUUGACAUUUAAUAGAAUUCUUUUUUAGAAAGCGAGUUCAAAACUGAUAGGAAUUUUUUAUCAGUAAUCAACGAAGGUCAAGUGUGAUAAACUUUCAGAAUGGAGUAUUUUUUGUUGACUUUUUAGUGAACACGUAUUUUUUACAACUUUUUUGACAGCUCUCUAAUUAGAUAAUCAGAAUUGACUUGAUUCCAAAAUUUUUUUCAUCAGUGAUUUUUUUCCCAAAUAUUUGUUAUCUACAGUACCCCAGCCUAUAUCAAUUGUGUUUAACAACAAGCAUUCUUUUUUUCAGAAAAAAAAAACAUUUCCUUUAUCAAAAAUAUAUAAUAAUUUGGUUUUGUUACAACAUAUAAUAGAACAGGGGGAAGGUUACUGUAGGAAAGAGCAGCCAAAAGUAAAAUAUGUUCAUUUGGGAUAUACGUUUCUUUGUUGCACCUUAGCGUUAGUAGCCUUUGUUGUGUCCCAAAGGAAAAAAAGAACAUUAGGAAGAGACGAAAUCAAUAAAUCACUCACAUUUCAAAAUGUCUCCAUCCAGUCUCUUUGUUUUUGGAUGAACAUGUCCGCUGUUUUCCGAAUUACCGUUGUUUAUUUCAAAAUGUAUUCCUCAUUGUUUGCGGUUUUCUCAACGAAGUCGUCUUUCUUAUUUUUAAUUUUAUUCUGGGAAAAAACUGACUUAUUUGGUUUUUCACACAGUUUUUGAGUCAAUUAAUUUAUAAUCAAAUUAGUAUAAUUUUUCAUUUGAUGUUUCCAAUUAAAAUUUCUAUUCAUCCAAUUAAUAUUAUGAUUUUCUAAACUUCUUAAUUGAAUUAACAGUUUUUCAAUUGAUCUAUUAUUCCCUCAAUUAGUUGCUCAAUCGUUUAGCGAACAAUAUGAAUUAGAAUCGUUCAAUAGUUGUCGGCAUCUUUUUUUGAGAGCCAAAUCUAAUUAAGAAGAAUAAUGAAACUGAAAGAAGAAGAGAACAACUUUUUGUAAAGCCUAUUAGAGUUGAUUUGACAUCUGAAAUUGAAAAGAGAAGAGACAAAAAUGCAAUAAUAAAUAAAGAAGAAGAAUGAAAAUGAGUGACACGAGUUGGAUAACAUUUCGAAAAAAUUAGGUGAUGCGCGACUGAAAAGACAAAGCUUGAUGAAUGGGGAUCAUUAUUAUUUUUCUUUCUCUUUUUUAUUUUUAUGAACAUUAUUUUGAAAAUAUUUGUUAUUCAUUCAUCAUUCUUUUCUUUUUAUCAACUCUACAGUAGGAAAUUUUGAGAAAAAAACCAUUAAAAUUAAACUGCCUAUUUUCAUCUGCGCCUGUCAUUGUAAAAAAUAUUACAUGCAUAUUUUAAGUGUUUUUGAGGUUGUUGAUGAUAAGAUAAAAUAAAUAGCAACAUGUUCCAUUUUUUUCAUUUUUAUAAUGGUCGUUCAUUUUUUAUAGGGCACGAUGCUCAAACCAAAUAUUUAUUUUCAGCACAUCUGCGACUACAGGCGUUUCGGAUUAUCCUGACAUUCUGGCACAAACUGAUCAAGGUUGCGCUGUUUUGAUUGACGGGAAUCAUUUGAGGUAUGUUGGAAUAUGAACUAAGAAUUGAUGAGGAACGGAUAGAUCAAAACUUAAGACAACUUCUAAAUAAAAAAAACCCACACAGUUUCUAUUAUAACUAUCGUAUUAUCCAAAAGUCGACUUUUUGAAAAUAGUGCAAUGAUAUCAUCUUCCGCCUUCAAAAUAUUAAAAGUUCAUAUUAUUUCCAGAGAAAUCAUCUCAUCAGUAGUAACACAAAACGGUAAACAAGAUCUGCUUUCUGACGUUAUUCGACAGCUUACAUCUUUGAAAGAACGUCUAUCAAGUGACGAUAUUAUACAAAAAGAUAACGAUUUGAAAGGCGAAGAAGAAGAGGAAGAAGAAGUUGAGGAGGACGAAGAAGACGAGGAAUCUGACGAAAUGAUUCAUCCACCAGCAUUAGAUUCAGAAAAUCUUCUUCGACAACAAGAAAUGAUUCAACAACAACAGCAGCAGCAACAUCAAGCAAGACUGUUGGCACAAAUGUUCAAUAAUCCACAAUUCCCAUUUUUGUUCCCAGGUUUGCUUUUUAAAUUCAUUUUCAGUGAGUUUUAUGAAAUAUUUUUCAGGAUUUGGCUAUGACACUUUGUUAAACGGUUCGGCUGCUGCGAUGGUUGGACAACUUCAGAAUCCUCUCCGAUCUUUGGUGAAACCACUUGGCGAGAAAAUUGAGUCACCUUUGAAUUUAUCAAAGGAUACACCAUCACCAACUGGAAUUCCACCAUCGCCACUCGCUGGAUUCCGACUACCGUAUAACUUCCCACAAAGUUUUGGAGCCGACUCUUCCUUGCUCAAUAAUAUUUCACCAGCAUCAAGUGGGAAAAGCACACCAGGAAACGUAUCAGUAACAUCUGAAGUCAACACGCCACGACCACAAGCAAAAUCGCCAAAUCAUAUCAAAAGGCCAAUGAAUGCGUUUAUGGUUUGGGCAAGAGAUGAACGUCGAAAAAUAUUGAAAGCGUUCCCGGAUAUGCAUAAUAGUAAUAUUUCAAAGAUUCUUGGUUCAAAAUGGAAGCAAAUGAGCAAUUCGGAAAAGCAACCAUAUUAUGAAGAGCAAUCAAGGCUAAGCAAAUUACAUAUGGAACAACAUCCGGAUUAUCGUUAUCGGUUUGUUGUUUUCCUAGAUUUUCAAAAAAACUGAUCUACAAUAAACAAAUUAUUAAUAAUAAAAAAAUCAAAACAAAUUUCAGACCACGACCAAAACGAACUUGCUUAGUUGAUGGCAAAAAAGUGAGAAUAAAUGAAUAUAAAACAAUAAUGAAAACGAAAAAAGAUGGAGCACCAUGGAAUGAUGAUGGCUCAUUUACAAGCCCUCAGGUUUGUUUAAUCACUAAAUCUGCAAAACCAAUUCAAAUCUAAUAUAAUUUCCAGCUUGACCUUAGCGGAUUAUCAAAUGUAGCCCUUCUUUCUGAUUUAUCACAUCAUCAUCAAUCGCAUCUUCUGCAAACUGCUGAAUAA